UUAAAGGCCAGUCUUCCGUCUUGCGCUGACAUUUAGACAGUGGCUGACUGUCAUGCUCUGGGCUGGCCAAGACCGAAUCCCACAGCGCAUCAGAUCAGAGCCUUUCAAAAACCCAGGGAUGCCUGGGAAACCGUUCUGUCUAUUCUCCCCCCAAAUCUGCAUUGCCACGGGAGCGCGCCGGGGAACGGGAGCGCGCAGCAGUCAGCAGAAGGAAUCACAGAGCAAAGAUGGAGCCCCAGCAGCUGCAGAGAGGGAUCAAUCCAUCCAAACCUCUGCCGUGCAGUUAAGGCUGUCUCUCUCUCUCUCUCUCCUUACAAAUGGCAGGGGAUUUUGGUUUCAUCUCUCACUCCAACUCUUGGAAUUCACUGGCAGUGUCCUCCUGUAUCUACUAGACAUAUGCUGCUUCCAGGGACCCUGCUCUUGCUCAUUAGCUGCCUCUACAAAAGGAAUCUCCCUUCUGCGCCCUGGGCUCAUAACUAGUGCUGGCAUACACUAAAAAGCAUCUGGCCUGGCCCCCAUCACAUGAACUGAAUGCCAAGGGGUUAUCAGGUAGGGUGGGCUCACAGUCUCACGGGGUGAUUUGUUGGGUCCAGAGGAGAGCUGAUCAUCUCCAGCCAAGAUGUUGACUUCACAAGAAGCGUCCAAGCUCUACCAUGACAAUUAUAUGAGGAACUCCAGAGCCAUAGGGGUCCUUUGGGCUAUAUUCACCAUCUGCUUUGCCAUCAUCAACGUGGUGGUCUUCAUUCAACCCUACUGGAUAGGGGACAGUGUCAACACACCUAAGCCAGGCUACUUUGGCUUGUUCCAUUACUGCGUGGGCAACGGCGUGGCCAACAGAGAGUUAACCUGCCGGGGAUCCUUCACCGAUUUCAGCACCAUCCCGUCCGGAGCCUUCAAAGCGGCCUCAUUCUUUGUGCUGCUGUCCAUGGUGCUGAUCCUGGGCUGCAUUACCUGUUUCGCCCUGUUCUUCUUCUGCAACACAGCCACUGUGUAUAAGAUCUGCGCUUGGAUGCAGCUCUUUGCAGCUGUCUGCUUGGUGCUGGCCUGCAUGAUAUUCCCAAACGGGUGGGACUCAGAGACCAUCAGAGAUAUGUGCGGAGACAAGACUGGGAAAUACUCCCUUGGCGACUGUUCAGUGCGCUGGGCUUACAUCCUGGCAAUUAUCGGGAUCCUCAAUGCCCUCAUCCUUUCCUUCUUGGCCUUUGUCCUGGGGAACAGACAGAACGACCUUCUACACGAGGAGCUAAAGGCAGACAACAAAGAUUUUGUUGGAACUGCGCCGUCCCUCCAGAGCAACCCUGUAGAAACCAGGGCAAAGCUGGAGGGCUGGCAGCCAAAGUGUAUCCCUCCUUCCUUCGGGACUGGACUGCCAACUAACAGCUACCUAGCCAGAGGAUAUAAACUUGACGAAAACCAAGUGAGGCACUAACACUCUCUACAGUGCAGAACAAACCCCAACUGGCUCCCCCCCCAUUAU